GCGUGUAUGUAUAUGUACAUUUUAUACUUUGAUCGAUAUGCGAGCUGCUCAAGAGUUUCGAAAUAAAUUGCUGAAAUAAUUACGUUCUACGAUUUGUUUGCUUUUUUACGAUUAGUGAUAUUUACACGGUCUCUUGCUCCAACUACAUAAGCCAGAUAAUUUUUUUUCGUGAAACGUCAACCGGUUAGUUUGUGAUCUUCGUUUUGUCAUUUUGACACAUUCUUUCUCAAAAGAAACUCCAAACAUUGAUACCGCAACAAUUUAGAUACAGCAAGAAAAGUAAAAUUUAAUUUAGUUACACAACUUCAAGAUCAACAGAAUGGUUAGUAAACCUGACAAUAAUGAAACGGUCACCGAUAAGAAACGCCGCAAGACGAGCAGUUCCAACGCCACGGAUAAUUCUGCAUCGAGUGCAAAAACUUCGAAGGAAGAUGUUUACAUGAACACGAUCGCCUUUGAAGAACAGGAAGCCAGCAAACGUUCGCCGGUUAAAGAUGCCAAUCUUUUCCACGCAACGUGCGACGAACUGCGAACGAUAUUUGGGGACAUAGCUAAACUGAAGGCAGAUAAUUCGGAAGAUGCCAAGACGAAAAUUGCAGAUAAAAGGAUCGAAGGGUCGUUGGCGUUCGUGCUAUUGAAAAAAUUGAAUCGUCUCGACAAAGUGCGCAUUCGUGAGGGUCGUGAUGCGUUGCACAAAGAGAAACUGCGUGUCGACAGCAAUCGGUUGCAGCUGCAAAACUUAUUGUAUGAAGCCGAGCAUUUAAAACGUGAAGUACAGCGGUGCUAUAUGUUCAAGAGUCAAGACGAAGAGAUCGAGCUUGUGCCGGUGGAAGAGUUUUACCAACAAGCUCCAGAAUCAGUGUCUCGGCCAGAAACCACGAAGACAGACGAACAUGCGCGCCGCAUUGCCAGGUUGGAAUGGGAACUGCAGCAACGGAAAGAACUGGAUGCCCAUUUAAAAGAACUAUUAACUUUAAAACAAGCCGUCGAAAAAGAUAUUAUCGCCAAAACUGCGCGACUGGAUUCAUUGGGACCACGGCUAAGAGAUUUACUGAUCGCAACCAGGCCACUGCAGGAAGCACUCGAAAUGCCUGUUGAAAAAGGCUGGAAGAUACGCAAAACGGUGCGAUUAUUGCCACAGCCGUUGUAUCUUCUUUAUGCGAAUGUCACUGCUUAUGGAGAAGCUUGUGAUAAUUUUCUCGUAACAUCGAUACAAGGUGACGAAGAGGAAGCAAAACAAAUGGCUGCCGCUAUUAACUCGUAUGAAUCGGAAACCCACUGUGGCAGUGAUUCUGGUAACAAUUCACGCGAUCGUGCUGAUUCGGACAAUGACGAAAACGAGCAUGAAGUACACCGUGGCAUGAAAAAACGUCAUCAUCGAGGGCACAUCAAGACAAAUCUGGAUGAACAGCGGCGUGAGAAACUGUUGAAACCACAUCCGCUUAGCGUAACGAUAACGAUCCGCGCAAAGGAUUGUCCUACGGAGUUGUCCACCGAUCAUCUGUCUGGACCAGGGCUUUCACUAACCUUCACGUACUUGCCAAACAUGCAGGUGGUAACAGUGAACAUUGCACUGGUAGAUUUGCAUUCAUCAGGUGUAGCAGCCGGCGACGUACUAUCUACCGAAAGCGUUCUGAACGAAUUGUUUCGUGGUGACAAAGGUGAAGAAUGUCCCAAUCCGAAGAUAAAAUAUCAGUUGCAAGAUCUGUCAAUCGAAAUCAAUCAAUUGGCGCGCAUUUUGAAGGAAAAGGAGCUGGGUAAGCCGUUCCUUUGGGCACAAAAGCUUUGCGGACUGGAGCACACCUCAACAGUUUACACAUCCGUUCGCAUCGGCCCUGAUGCUCUCGGAAAUGAGCCGCUUGAAGUAACUGAUAAGCUACAUGAAACGAUCCCCAGCAUCGUACGUUCCGUCCGAGCACGGUGGGAGGCCCGGUUAAAGCUGUACAAACAGAUUCACGAUCUAGAGACCAAAAUGAUAGACACAUCGAUCAAUGAUGAACGCGGCCAUCCAAUACGCAUCUCCAGUACCGUGCUGCAGUGGAGUUCGAUAUCUUUUGAGGAUUAUGUCUCGUCUGGGGUAGCAAAACUGUUCCUGGAGGACGGGAUGGCCACCGCUAGUGACCUCUAUUUUCGAGCGAUAGUCAUUCGUGGCUCGGCUAAACUUGAAUGCUACAUUUGUGUACCUUGUCGUUUCCCUGACAAUUCACCGUUGUGGUCUUUCUCCUUAAACUGGAAUGGAAAACAUACAUCAUCGUGCAACAGCUCAGUAAGGGAAAUGGAAUAUUGGAGCAACAGUUUGGCAGCAGCGGAACAUUCGUUUGAUAUAUUGCCGAAGCAGUUGAAACGCGCGAUGUCUUGUUUAGACAUUUACCUUGAAACUGAGGGGCCCUACUACACCCCAGCCGAGUUUACACAAGACAAAAGCUUUCUUAAACCGUUCCGCGGACGUACCAGAGCUCAACCUUUCCGAAUUGCACCGAACGGGAGCAGUUCUUUGUUUACUCAAAUUUAAAACAUAUCCUUGUGUACAAGUUUACAUUAUGUUCAGUAAUGUUCGGAUAAAGGCAUUUUCUUUCUAUAUUCCGUUUAUAAUGGUCCAUUUGUUCCGAACCAUUGAUUGAUAGUAGUGACAUCGGAAAUGAUGGUUUGCAGAUUAGUAAUUAUUGAUAUAGGAGAAUAUAAAAUAAUUACAGAAUACUAGCUUAUCGGCUAAUGUAAAUAA